CCAGCCUUUCGCGUGUGCACUGUCGCGUUUUACGGCACGUCGCGACGGCGAGUCGGUGUUUACGGCCGCUCGGCCGUACGUAUAAACAAACGCCGCCGACUGGCCGCUCGGAGGUAGGAGCCCGUCGAGCUGGGGAGGAAAAGUUCCCCUAUAGAGAAAAAGGGAUGAUGCUCCUCCGAAACCUAGCCGUCACUGCACUCGGCCCUCGCGCUUGCGGCGCUCCUGUCACGAGAGGACCUCUCCUGAAGAUGACGAGGGCCAGCUCAGACAUGUCUGAGUUCCGGAAAGUCUUCUCCAAAGCCAAGCACAUAGCAAUCAUCACAGGAGCCGGCGUGAGCGUGGAGAGUGGGGUGCCAGCCUUCAGGGGAGCUGAUGGGUAUUGGAGGAAAUGGCAGUCUCAGGACCUGGCCACUCCAGAGGCAUUCUCUCGGAAUCCGUCCAGGGUCUGGGAGUUCUACCAUUACAGGAGGGAGCUGGCGCUCAGCAAAAAGCCAAAUGCCGCUCAUCUGGCUAUAGCAGAGUGUGAAUCCCGGCUGAGGAGGCAAGGACGUUCUGUGGUUGUCAUCACCCAGACCAUAGACAACCUGCACCGUCAGGCCGGCUCGAAACAUGUGCUCAGUAUCCACGGAAGCCUGAUGGAAACACGCUGCGUGAGUUGUAGGAAUGUUGGCACAAAUCUGCAGAGCCCCAUAUGUGCUGCCUUAGAAGGCAAAGGCGCACCUGAUCCAGACACUCCAGAUGUCCAGAUUCCUGUGGAUAAACUGCCGAGAUGUCAGGAGAGUGACUGUGAGGGACUGCUCAGGCCCAACGUGGUGUUUUUUGGGGAGACUCUGGACUCUCAUGUGCUGACCAAGGUGGAAAAGGAGCUGGAGCUCUGUGACCUUUGUCUAGUGGUCGGCACGUCUUCAAUUGUCUACCCAGCGGCUAUGUUUGGACCACAGGUUGCUUCCAGAGGCGUCCCAGUGGCAGAAUUUAACAUGGAAAUCACACCGAAAACUGAAUACUUUACGUACCACUUCCAGGGCCCAUGUGGAACCACGCUGCCUCUGGCCUUGGCACGGCAUGAAUCAGAGGUCAUUUAAAAGUUCCUGGACAGCAACCAGUAGCCUCCUCACUAAUGCACUUCGGGGCUGUCGUAUUUCAUAACCCAGGCCUCUUAUCCCAUAAUUCAUGCCUUACGACAUAGUCUCAAAUGGUUAAUUGGGGGAGAGCCAUACUAAAUGCCAUCUCAGAUGAUUGAGAUGCAUUCCUUACCAGAUACUUGAAGUUUAUGGGACAAUUUAACUGGAAAACGGGAUUAUAUGUAUGUAUUGUUGUUUUUGUGUUUUUGUUUUUUUGUUAUGGAAGAGAAUGUACAUGUAAUAUUUCAUGACAUAGGAAAACAUAUCUUGCCAUAUUAUGGAGUCUGUUGUUGUCGCUCUGCAUAUCAUACUAGUGAUACCAAUAUGAGAUUACUUAAUGUUUAGAGUACUGCGGGCUUAGUUUAGGUAUAUGCAUAAAACGGUUCUUACCUAGUUGAUACAGGAAUUAUGUCGGCGGAGUGCAACAACAAAACACGUUGCUGCUUGUACCAGUGGAGAGUAUCUCUCUGCUUCUUUUCUGAUGAAUGAAAUGCUGUGCAGUUCGAGAUAUAAUCUAGUGCCUUUCAAACUGUUUACACAACCUUGACCAAAUACUCACAGAACUAGAGUGGAUAGCAGCCAGUGCACAAAGACUCAGCCAGGUGCAACAGAAACUCAGCAAGGUGUAACAGAGACUAAACCAGUGUAACAGGGACUCGACCAAUGUAACAGAGACUCAGCCAGGUGUAACAGCGACUCAGCCAGUCUAACAGGGACUCGACCAAUGUAACAGACUCGACCAAUGUAAUAGAGACUCAGCCAGGUGUAACAGCGACUCAGCCAGGUGUAACAGAGACUAAACUAGGUGUAACAGAGACUCAACCAGGUGUAACAGAGACUCAACCAGGUGUAACAGAGACUAAACUAGGUGUAACAGAGACUCAACCAGGUGUAACAGAGACUCAACCAGGUGUAACAGACUAAACUAGGUGUAACAGAGACUCAACCAGUGUAACAGAGACUCAACCAGUGUAACAGAGACUCAGCCAGGUGUAACAGAGACUCAACCAGGUGUAACAGAGACUAAACUAGGUGUAACAGAGACUCAACCAGCGUAACAGAGACUCAACCAGGUGUAACAGAGACUCAACCAGGUGUAACAGAGACUCAACCAGGUGUACAGAGACUCAACCAGGUGUAACAGAGACUAAACUAGGUGUAACAGAGACUCAACCAGGUGUAACAGAGACUCAGCCCAAUGCACAGAGAUGGCUGCUGACCAUGGACAGAGGCUGUAGAGAGCGAAUGGACUUUGGCUUUGUUGUGCUGUGACCUCAAUCAGCUUUACACCCUUCUUGUAUUAACUGUCUUAUCUGUGUUUACCAUGCAGUAUAGAAACAUGUUACAGAUUUUCCAUGGGACAAUAUUAUUUUGCAUACAUACGUCAUUAUUCUGAAAAGUACUUUAAACUCAAUUUACUAUUGCUGAAAUAUAUUUUUGAAAUGGAGGUACCGGUGCCUAACACAUUUAUAAUGUCUAUUUUUUACAGCUGUCUCAGUCUCUACUUUUGUGUCACUGCCAAAUGCAAAGACUGUAUAAAUAUAACGCCGCGACAAUACUUCAGAAUACA